UACUCACUCACACACCGACUUAACUGUGUGGAAAUUGGAAUCAAGAACUCAUAAAAUAUCCUUGAUUUUAAGCACAAAUAAUUCACAUCUGUAACUGUAUCUUCAUCUCAAAUGGAGGAAACAUCAUCACCCAACAAGAAAAGAUUGAUCGCAGAGCUGAUUAAAGGCAGAGAUUCUACCAAAAAGCUUCAGAAUCUGCUUCGCCGGAAAGUUGACGAUGAUGAUGGGUCGGUUUCAGCUGAUGAUCUUGUGAUGAAAAUACUGGGAUCUUUCUCCGACAGCCUUUCGGUGUUGAGUUCUUGCGGAUCCGCCGUGUUAUGCCCGGUUCCGGUGAGUAUGUACGUCGGCUCCGCUUGUUCCGGCGACCGUACGUGUGACUCAGGCGAAAGUGAGAAGAAGCCGGCGCCGGCUGUGAAGGACCGGAGAGGAUGUUACAAGAGACGAAAAACCGAAGAUUCAAGAGUUAAAAUUGUUGACACGAUUGAAGAUGGUUAUGCAUGGAGGAAAUAUGGACAGAAGGAGAUCCUCAAUGCUAAAUUUCCAAGGUGCUAUUUUAGAUGCACACACAAAAACGAGGGGUGCAAAGCGUUAAGACAAGUUCAAAAAUUGGAAGAUGGAUCACAAAUGUUUCAUAUUACAUAUUAUGGGAAUCACACGUGCCAAAAUAUGAAUAAAAACACACACAUGUUUUCGGACUCUGGGGCUCUAAGUUUUUUUCUACAUAACUUUAAGGACUCGAGCACCAACAAUUUACCAAGCAGCCCCUCAACUAUCACAAAUGUUCAUAACACCCCCUCAUUGGAUCAAGAAGAUGAUUCUAAUGUACAGAGUGAUGAACAUAUUACCUCUAGUAAUUAUGGCCAAUCAUCCAUUGCUACGUGGAAUGACAUUUUCGAUCAUGGUUCUUCGAUGGAUGAUUUAAAGUUUGAUGAUGCUGUGUUUUGUAGUGAAUAG